UGUGUGUCCAUCGCCCAAGGUCCGCAGCUGAGAUCGGGUUGGCCUCUGACGUUGUACCCCAGUGCGUCCGGGCGGAAAUCUUCCACCUACGAGGAUGUCGCCCUGGGGCCCCUGUUUCUCCGAAGACCGUCCCGAUCGAGGCAGGAGUGUGCAGCUCUCGCUGCAGAGCUCCACACCUGCAGGGAGCAGCUCAGGCAGAGGGAGGAGGAGAUCGCCAACCUGAAGGCGGAGAGAAACAACACCAGGCUGCUGCUGGAACAUUUGGAGUUCCUCGUCUCCAGGCACGAGAGAGCUCUUCAAAAAACCAUCAUCGGGCGACAGGUGCAGAGCCAGAUGAAAGAGCUCCUGGCUACCCUGUGCACUCUCAUGGCCAAGCUGGAAGAGGACCUAGACAUCUCAAGGAAAGACCUCAUCCUUUCUGAAGCAAUGAACACCAUAUUACAAAGAGAUGUCCGUGAAGCCAUGGCCCAGAAGGAAGACAUGCAAGACAGGAUCACUACCCUUGAGAAGCGCUGCCUCAGGGCACAGCACAAAGCCACCUCUCUGCACGACCUCAAGGAUAAACUUGAAAACGAGAUCGCAAAGAAGGACUCUCUGCAUCGACAGACUGCGGAUCAAAACCGCCAGUUGCAAGAGCGCCUGGAGGUGGCGGAGCGGAAGCUGCAGCAGACCCCGAGGAAGGCCAAGUCGCUGCCCGAGGUGGAAGCCGAGCCGGCCCAGAGGGUGGCCACCCUCUGCAAGGAUCACCUUCUCCGGAAGAUGGAAGCACUGAGGGCCGUAUUAAAGCGGGCAAGAGUGAGAGGCUCUUCGCGUCACCAUGGGCGGACGCACGUCGGCAGCAUCCCAGCUUCCAGGUUCCGUCUGGCGGACAGCCCCACGGAUGCCAGCAGCACCAGCAGCAGCGCGGUGUUGCGGCGCCACCGGAAAGGCCGUGUGGCCCGUCUGCGACAUGAGCCUUCCAAGUUGCUGCAUUUGGAGGAAGAGUCACAAGGUAGCACGGCAAGGGCACGAUGUGUACCGUCAGCUUCUUCGUCCCAGAGGUCCCUGAGCUUGGACAGGCUGCAGCAAGGGGCACUGCACAAGGCCAGCCACGAGGACAUCAGGGACGCCACAAAAUCCCCAGGCUCUCAGGAUGGCCCCCUGAGCAGCCUCAGCAAAACUAGCAAUAGCCAGGACUCACUGAACAACGCCCCCAAGAAGAAGGGCAUCACAAAAUCCAUCCGCUGGUUGCUCACCAGAAGACAAAAGGUCCACCCCAGCCGCGCUAGCGACGAGCCUGCAUGACCAGUUUACCCACACUGCUUCUACCGAUGGUCUUGCAGCACGCAGAGCCCAGCAGUGACUACAUUUGAAAAUUCAACCAGAUCUUUCAUCUGUUAAUCCUUGUUAUAUGGACCCUGAGAUAUUUCAUUACAGUAUUUAAUUACUGAAAAAUUCGUGAAUAGGAUCGAGAAACUCAUUUAGCAUUUAAUGUUUCGUACAUCUCUGUAAAUUUGUCACUCCCUAUAGAGAGUUCCUUCCUUUCAUGUAUAUCCAGGCUAUAAAUAUCCUUGGGAAUCCAUUGAUGUUCUUAUAUCUCAGUUUAGUCUUUCAAGCGUAUGUACUAUCAUGGUUGUAUGUAUAAAUCCUACGACAAAUACAGGGCUUUUAUAACCUGUG